AUGUGGGAGUACCAAAAUGCAGCUAUUCGACUAGAUAUUCUGUCGGCAGGCUCCUCGUGGAAACAGGACCCCGAGGGCAAGAAAGUUCUCAGAAAUCAUGGCUCUUCAGCCAUCCAUCUGUGGAACAAAAACAAGCCCGAACAGGAGCUGAUUCUGUGUUCCAGUUGUGACCUUGCCAACUUGAGUGAUGAUAAGGGAGAAUAUGGACUCAAGGCUCAUGCUAGACUACUUGUUGCGUCUGAGGGAGGACUCAAAUCGGAGCACCUCGAAUGGGUACGCGGUGAAUUACAGGCCGUCGUGCCUCUGGCCGAUGUGAACCAGGUGCUACAACAGUACACAAGUGGCGGGUUCAACUUCAAGCCCACUGCGGAGGAUUCCAAGAGUAUUGGAACAAGAUGGGAGGGGUCCAAGGCCGAGCUUCCGUCGGUUAUUGUGAUUAAGCCCCUUGGAAAGUUGCCUAGACGGGGCAAGAAGUGUGAACAACUCGCCACCGCGGACAUUUCAAAGGUGCACUUGGAAGUGCAGUGCUCGCCAUUUGUGUUGGUCAAUCCGGCGGUGUUCAUGGCUUACACUGUGCGAGGUAACGCCUCUUACUUGGGAUACACAGCCAACUUUGGACGUCCUCAGACCAAGGCGUCGGUGAUUUUCAGCGAUAUCCGGUUUCUCGAAGGUAUGGAGGGUGGCGUUGUGACGGAUACGCAUGGAAAACUAAUCGGCAUGGUUGUAGGAUGCCUGUCAAAGGCUGGAGGAGAAGGUACAUUGACUGUGAUUGUGCCCUGGCAGGAACUGAUGGACACCCUAGAGAAGAAGGACGACAAAUACAAGCUGAGAAUGUCAAAGACUGUCUCGGUUGAGUCACCAAUGACCCCCGCUUCUUUCAACGGGGUCUGCGCCAUUACUGUAUCUCUAGCUGGAGGUAGGAGAGGCUGGGGUUCAGGUGUAUUGAUCAACAGAACGACAGUGGUCACCAAUCAGCAUGUCCCGGGAGAUGAUUAUCAGUCUGUGACGGUAUGGUUUGAUAAGACCCAUAACUCUGAAGCUUUCGUUGACCAAGCUCCUCUUCCUGGUGUGGACCUGGUGUUCUUGACUCUACGAACCCCAGCUCCGCCUAUUUUCUUCCCUUCUAGACUCAGCAAGACCCCUGCAUACCGUGGCCAGCCGGUCGAGUCGUAUGGAUUCGGUCUCAUGUACCCCACUGCCCCUCUCCGGCCCAUUCAGCCCUUGUAUUCUCGAGGUCAUAUCGCUUCAGCAGUGAAGAUGUCCCUGGAAGGAAAACCAAGCAAAGACAACGCUAUGCUCUGUAGCACAGCUCACUGCUGGAAUGGUUCUUCAGGUGGUGGGGUCUUCGACUCGAGAACUGGAGAACUCGUUGGUAUUAUGGCAAGCAAUGGAAAGGUUGACAAUGGAGUGAUCGUGCCAGACAUGGCAUUUGUCAUUCCUGCAUGUGGAGUCAUCGAUAAGGCUCUCCAAUUGAAACAGAAGGGGAAACAGGGUAAGGUGGCGGACAGAGUGAAGGAUCUCUGGGCUCUGAGAGAGACCCAUGAGAGUUUGUUCAACCCUGCGAAGCCAAAGCUUUAG